AUGGGUUAUUCAUCACUAUUACUGUUAUUCGGAGCUUCGAUAAUACCUGAAGAGGCGCACGGGUUUUCUUCUCCUCCGCAAGGAUCAAAAAAUUCCUUCAGUCCUCUGUCGGCAGUCGCCAAUGUAGUUGAUCCACCACCGAAAACAGCAGCUCGAACUCCGUCAGACUCCUACGAUGUGGUUGUGGUGGGAUCAGGAAUUGGUGGUCUAUCGUGUGCUGCAAUGUUGAGCUACUAUGGAUAUUCAGUUGCCGUGCUUGAGUCGCAUUACGCUGCAGGAGGGGCUGCACAUGGAUUCAAGACGAGGCACAAAGACGUCGGGGAUUUCUACUUUGAUACUGGUCCGUCGUUCUUCUCAGGCCUCAACCCUGACCUGCCUGCAAAAACUUCCAAUCCGCUGAGAACCAUUCUGGACGUAAUCGACGAACCCGUUGAAUGCGUUCCGUACACGACUUUCGGAUUGAAAUUCCCGGAAGGCGACUUUGUCCACACUCCCGGCUUUGGCAAGAAAGGUGGAACCAUUGAACAGAUUGAUGGGGCGGAAGGAAUCAAGUCUUGGAAUAGAUUGAUGGAGAACAUGGAGCCUUUGGCAGCAGCCGUGCACGCACUUCCGACCGCUGCUUUGAGAGGCGAUAUUGGAACAGCCGCGACAGCAGCGCCAUACAUGUCAAAGUUUGCGACUCUCAAUCCACUGGAAAAUCUCAAAUUAACAAAGCCAUUUCAAAAGGUGCUCGACAACUCAAAAGUUUCGAAACCAAGUUUCAUGCAGAACUGGCUUGAUCUACUAUGUUUUUGUCUUUCGGGUAUGAAAGCGGAUGGCACGAUAACAGCGGAAAUGGCAAUGAUGAUGGGAGAAUUUUAUGAUGAAUCAGCUGUGAUGGACUGCCCUGUCGGCGGAGCGAAGGCGAUUGUAGAUGCUCUUGUACGCGGGAUUGAGAAGCAUGGAGGGAGCAUUUUCCUUAAUUCACAUGUGGAUGAGAUUCUGAUUCAGGACGAAAAAGCAACAGGAAUCAGGCUGAAGAAAGGUGACACAGUUGUCAAGGCCAAUAAGGCUGUAGUCAGCAAUCUGUCGGUCUGGGAUCUCUUCGGGAGUGGUAUUGUGGAUACGUCCAACUUUCCAAGUGACUUCGUUCAAGAGCGAUUGGAUACUCCUGUUGGAAAGUCUUUCAUGCAUCUUCAUGUUGGUUUCAAAGCUAAUCGUGAGGAGCUUGAGCAGCUGCAGGCACACUACAUGUACGUUGAUGAUUGGAACAAGGGUGUGGAAGGGGAAGACAAUGCAGUCCUCCUUUCUAUUCCAUCAGUGCACGAUGCUUCACUGGCACCUGAAGGCUAUGGGGUCUUGCACAUCUACACUCCAGCGACAGAGGACUUCGCAAGGUGGGAAAAUAUUGAUCGCAAAUCGGACGAGUACAAAGCGUUGAAAGAAGAACGAAGUCAAUAUCUAUGGAGUGUCCUAGAGAAGGUGAUACCAGAUAUUCGCGAACGAGCAGUUGUAUCACAAGUGGGCUCACCACUCACCCAUAAGAGAUUCCUACUCCGACACAAAGGUUCCUAUGGUCCAGCCAUUGUUGCUGGAGAAGAGUCCUUCCCUUUCCCGGGAACACCUGUCAAAAACUUGCUUGUGACUGGUGACAGCUGUUUUCCUGGAAUUGGGGUUCCAGCAGUGGCUGGAUCUGGUUUCUUGACUGCAAACUCGGUUAGCUUGGACAGUCUGCGGCCACAACUAAAGCUCCUGGAAUCCUUGCGGCGAAAGCAACAAUGGCAAUAA